AUGUCUUCUCAAGAACGAUCAACAUCGCCAAUAUCAUUAGAAGACGAAGUCUCUUGGUUACCCCAAGAAAGUACUGUUUAUAGUCCUGUUUCAAAUAACGAAAUUAAUAAUGAAGCUAAUAAUGAACAUUUAUAUACCACGGAAUUUUUAAAUCACGAUCGAAAAAAAAGACGAAUGAUCAAAACAACUAAACCAUCAGCUUUUUCCACACCUAUCCAAAUAAACAGUUCAAGAACUAAUGCUAGUUAUACCCGUUUUUUUUUUGAAGAUAACAAGAAAGAUAAUCAAAUUAAAUACUGUAAAAUUUGUGUCAAAAAAUAUGAAGAGACCCGCACGAAGCCAUAUCCAUAUUCUAAAUCAGGUGGUAGCACGGGACAUUUAACAUACCAUCUUCGUGAAAGACAUAAUAUCACUGCGAAUAACUAUAAAGAACAUCUUGAUUCAUCUCAAGAACCAAUAGUAAAAGUGAAUCUAAUCACAAAUUAUAUUACCAAUUUACCUCCACUUUCAACUAAAAGACAAAAUGAACUUACUAAAGUUCUGAUAGAAUUUAUUGUAUUGGUUGAUGUUUUGAAACCUUUUGAAGAAAUAACAAGACAUUUCAGUGGCUCCAAAUAUCCUACCAUAAAUCUUAUAUAUCCUUACAUUUGUAUGUUAAAAAAUAAGUAUGCACCACGAGUUGAGAAUGGUGAAUCUUUUGAAAAGUGGAUAGCUCUUAUCUAUGGAUCUUUACCAGAAAACUCUAAACAAAUAUCAGAGAACCUUUCAGACGACGAUACAAGUAUUAGUAGUGGUGAUGAGGCCAACAUACCUGCAGCUGGAACUAGACAACAAUGGCAGUAUGCACAUCGGAGUAUACAUAGUCGAGGCCGAGGCCAAGGCUGUAGAAGUGGCAAACAUAAGAGACGCGUAAAAUCUGUUGCUGAAUUAGAUAACACAAAUAACAUAAAAUAUUUGCCUCCUACAAAGUGUGAAGGACUUUUAGAAAAAAUGUGCGCUGCGAUUUACUUAUCUCUUGACGAAUUGUGGAGUAUCCCUGAUGAAAUAGGAUUAAAAGCAUCUAUGUUAGAUUCAAGGGUGUUAAAAUUACUUCCAUUCGCUACUGAGGAUGAACGUAGAAAUACUAAAGCACAAAUUCGUGCAGAGUUAUCAAUAUUGGAAGCGCAAUUUAGACAGAACAAUGAUAAAAUAGAAGCUUGUAUUACUACAGAAGAAGAAGAAUACGAUUCGUUAAGUGCUGAAUUAUGGGGUUCACUUUCAACACCCACUCCACAGACCAUUACUGAAGAUGAGCUGACGAAGUAUUUGAAAGAGCAAAUUGCUCAUAAAACCCAAGAUCCUCUAAUAUGGUGGAAGGAACGACGUGCAAAUUUUCUACUGCUUUCCCAGCUUGCUCGCAAAUAUUUAGCCGUUCCUGCAAUAUCGGUUCCUUCUGAGCGUUUGUUCUCUGAUGCUGGUGCUCUUAUAUCCGCAAGAAGAACUCGCCUUGCACCAGAUUUAGUAAACAUGAUGUUAUUCUUAAAAAGAAAUUAUCCAUUUUUAGAAAAUAAAUAA